AUGGAUUACCAGAAUCGCGCAGGCUCCAAAUUCGGCGGCGGAGGAGUUGCUUCCCAUUCCGCCACCAACGCCGACCGGCGCGAACGACUCCGCAAACUGGCGCUCGAAAACAUCGACCUCGAAAAAGAUCCCUACUUCUUCAAAAACCAUAUAGGCAGUUUCGAAUGCCGCCUCUGUCUGACCGUCCACCAGAACGACGGCUCCUACCUCGCACACACCCAGGGCCGCAAACACCAAACCAAUCUUGCCCGCCGCGCUGCCCGCGAACAGAAAGAGGGUAAGGGCCAAGAUGGCUCCCUCCUACCCGCCGCCAUGGGGGUGCAGGUGAAGCGCAACACAGUCAAGAUCGGCCGGCCCGGAUACAAAAUCACCAAGACGAGAGAUCCGCUCACAAGACAGCACGGGUUGCUCUUCCAGCUGCAGUAUCAGGAAAUCACGCCGGGGGAGGUGCCGCGAGUACGGUUUAUGUCUGCCUUUGAGCAGAAGGUUGACGAUCCGCCGGAUAAGAAUUUUCAAUAUUUGCUGGUUUGCGGCGGAGCCAUAUCAGACAUGCGGGCUUCAAGUUGCAAGCCAGGGAGGUGGAUAGAAGUGAGGGGAAGUUCUGGACGUGGUUUGACGAGGACAGCAAGGAGUUUUGGAUACAGGUUAUGUUCAAAACGGAGAGGGAGGAGCGGUAUUCUGGUGUGCCGGGUCUUGCGCCUGUACGAAGAUGAGGCAAAGGUGUUUGUCUUUAGGUAUUUUGUGGAGUUUUGUCAAUGGAAUUUCGGCGCCUGCAGUAAAUAA